UUCAGGAACGGCUGCCAUCAGUCAGUUUCACUUCACUUUUAAUGCAUUACUUCAUGUUAAUCAAAUAUUGGAACACUGACACUUGACACAGUCAUGGAAUGAAAAGCAUAGUUGAUUCACGAUAUAAAUGAAACAUCAAAGGAAAUCAUGAACAGCAAGUCGUCUCAGAUCAGUUUUUGUAGAAGGGUAUAUAUUUGUCUUGCAACUCAAAGAAGACAUUAUACCUCCAAUGUGCUUGAUGGCAAAGGCUGGGGUGUUUUGUCUGGUAAGACCACACGAAUUGGUUGCGCCUCAGGAUUUUGGGGUGAUUCUCCUUCAGCAGCUCCACAACUUGUUCAUGGUGGUAACGUUGAUUUCUUGGUAUUCGAUUAUCUUUCUGAAAUAACCAUGUCAUUAUUAGCAAUGGCUCGACGAAAGUCUCCUAAUCAUGGCUACUGUCCUGACUUCGUACAUGUCGUCAUGCAGCCAUUGUUAAAAGAUAUAAAGAGAAAAGGUAUUCGUGUAAUCAGUAAUGCUGGUGGCGUUAAUCCUCACGCAUGCGCAAAGGGAAUCCAGGAUUUAGCAAAGGCGAGUGGCGUUGAAGAUUUGAAGAUCGGUGUGAUCACUGGGGAUGAUCUUACUGGAAAGAUGAAUGACAGCGCGAGAAAAGACAUUAAAGAGAUGGAAUCUGGUAUCUCAUUGCCAGAUAAAAUACACAGCAUGAACGCGUAUAUUGGAGCGUUUCCCAUCGCACGUGCCCUUGAUGCUGGUGUCGACAUCGUCAUUACUGGUAGGUGCGUUGACAGUGCGUUGGCAUUGGGACCUCUCAUACAUACCUUCAAAUGGAAGGAAGAUCACUUUGAUCAUCUAGCGCAUGGAAGUCUUGCCGGCCAUUUAAUUGAAUGCGGAGCGCAGUCGACUGGUGGCAUAUUGACUGAUUGGCAAAGCUCUAGAAAUUGGGACAACAUAGGUUUUCCAAUAGUGGAGUGUGCCUGCGAUGGAAAAUUUGUCGUCACCAAGCCCCCCAAUACCGGUGGUUUGGUUAACACAAGUACAGUCGCAGAACAGCUUGUUUACGAAAUAGGAGAUCCUCGAAAUUACAUUCUCCCUGACGUCGUUUGUGAUUUCUCUCAUGUGAAGGUCGAGCCAAUCCUGGGAAGUACUGAAAAGGAAAACGAAGCGGUUCUUGUCACUGGUGCUAAAGGAAAACCCCCGUCUGACACUUACAAGGUUAGUGCGACCUACUCUGAUGGCUAUAGAGCGACUGCCGUUUGUCCAGUCGGAGGACCAAACGUCGUCGCCAAAGCCAAACGAGUGGCCGAGAGCAUUUUGAAAAGGACAAGAAGACUUUUCAAACUUAGAGGUCUUGAAGAUUAUACUGGAACGCACAUUCAGGUUCUCGGCUCGGAAGAUACAUAUGGUGCGCACGCGCGAAGCUCUGCGGAGGAAACAAGAGAAGGUGUCCUGUGGCUUGCUGUUCAUCAUCACCAGAAGAACGCCUUGGAGAUAUUUUCGAUGGAGGUCGCUUCCGCUGGUACAGGAAUGGCGCCUGGCCUGACUGGUUUACUUGGAGGACGUCCUAAGCCGACACCUGUUUUAAAACUGUUUUCUUUCCUGCAUCCAAAAGAUGAUGUGGAGUUGCAGUUGCACAUCAAUGGAACUCUCAUGCAAACGCUACCGAAACCUACAUUGUUUCCUGAACGAGAAACAGAAGAAGAGGCUGCCGAAGUUUUCACGGACGAGCUUCCCAAUGGAGAAUGUACAUUCCCUCUGAGUUCUUUAGCGCAUACACGUAGUGGUGACAAAGGGAACAAUGUAAAUAUUGGUGUGAUCGCCCGUCAUCCAUCGUAUUUUCCUUACAUCCGGGCUGCGCUGACUCCUGACGCUGUUCAAGAAUAUUUCAAGCACUUGUUCGAAGCGCAUGACUUAAACACGUGCCAAGUUCAGCGUUUUGAGCUUCCAGGCAUCAAUGCCUUCAAUUUCGUGCUGAAGAAUGCUCUUGGUGGAGGAGGCAUGGCAUCUUUGAGAAGUGACCCACAGGGAAAAGCAUUGGGUCAGAUGUUACUGGAUUUCAAGGUUACUAAUGUCAAUGAUAUAACUCUGUGAACAUGAAAUGAACAUGCAGUGAUGUACAGAACAUUGAAUAGAUUUAACAAUGCAGCAAUGUUAAAAUAUGAAAAGUGUUGUUUAAUCUUCUUAAUGUUGUUUCAUCUGUGUUUACCAGGCCAUAGCAAGCCUGCAAGGGUAGUGUUAGUCAAGUUAUGUAAAUAUCAAAACAUUACCAUUGUUUAUUUCUCUAAAUAUCUCUGAUUUUUUAACACAGACAUAGUUGCAUAGGGUAAGCAAAGCUAAUCAAUGGUUGUGAUUGUAAACAUAAUCAUAGCAAAGCUUCUUAAACAUUUUACUUCAAUUCAAA